AUGGAUAACCCUAAACAAACUUUUGGGAGUUUAGCAGUUGUUCUAUCUUUGCUUCUUGCUGUGUUUAUUUUGCUGUUCCAUUGGUCCUCCUCCAUCUCCAAUGAGUUAGUCCUAAUCCACAAGGAACCACCAUGCAAGCAAUCAAACUUUAAGACUUCAGACAUUGAAGAAUGUGGAGAUAGGCUUGAUUGUGCUUUAGCAAAAGCUUCAAUGGGAAACAAAACAGUGAUAAUUGCUGUAGUGAAUAAGGCUUAUGUUGAGCAAGAUGUGGAGAGUGAGAGCACCAUGCUUGAUAUAUUUCUCAGCAGUUUUUGGCUUGGAGAGGGAACAAGAUCUCUCAUUCAUCACAUUCUCUUAGUUGCUGUUGAUCAAAUUGCCUAUGAAAGAUGUCAGUUUCUGAAACUGAACUGCUUCAGAUUGGAAACAGAUGGUGUUGAUUUCGAAGGUGAGAAAGUUUACAUGUCUCACGAUUUCAUCAAGAUGAUGUGGAGAAGAACACAGUUCCUCUUGGAUGUUUCUCAAACGUGGCUACAGCUUCGUUUUCACU